UAAGUUGUAUUUUAGUUUUUCUGUGCAGGCAGUGUCAGGCGAAGUUUGGACAGUUUACCAGAAGUAAAUAUGAAUUUAGUCUCAGCGGCGCAAUAGAAUAAGAAAUAACCUGUUCUUUAAGGAAUAUGGACCGUUUUUCGUGGUCAAGCGGACUCUUGGAAAUAAACGAAACAUUAGUGAUUCAACAACGAGGUGUGAGACUGUAUGACGGCGAUGAUAAGGCCAAGCUGGAUGUUGGAGCCGCCUUGCUGAGUACCCAUCGGCUGAUCUGGAGGGACGUUAAAAAUCAUGAAUGCUGCCUAGCUAUGCCCUUGUCACAGAUCAUCUACUUUGAAGAACAGGCUGCAGGAAUAGGGAAGAGUGCAAAAAUAAUUAUUCACCUGCAUCCAACACCUGCCAACAAGGAGCCGGGUCCUUACCAACACAGCAAGUACUCCUACAUUAAGCUGUCCUUUAAAGAACAUGGACAGAUCGAGUUUUACAGGAGGCUAACAGAAGAAAUGACUCAAAAGAGAUGGGAGAGCACACCUGUUUCACAGCCCAUCAGCCCCACAGGAUCUGGCACUCAGACAGGAAAGACCCGUGCAGUGGGGAUUGUCGGCAUCGAGAGGAAGAUAGAGGAGAGGAGAAAAGAAACAGACAAAAACAUUUCAGAGGCCUUUGAGGACCUCAGUAAGCUGAUGGUCAAGGCUAAGGAGAUGGUGGAGCUGUCCAGAUCUAUAGCCAACAAGAUCAAAGACAAGCAGGGAGACAUAUCCGAAGACGAGACGAUCCGUUUUAAGUCCUACCUCCUGAGCAUGGGUAUUGCUAACCCCGUUACAAGGGAAACACAUGGAUCAGGCACACAUUACCACUUGCAACUGGCUAAGCAACUGGGAGACAUGCUGCAGGCCCCUCUGGAGGAGCGAGGCGGCAUGAUGGCUCUCACCGAGGUUUACUGUCUGGUCAACCGUGCGCGAGGGAUGGAGCUUUUAUCUCCAGAAGAUUUGCUAAAUGCCUGCAAGAUGUUUGAGUCACUGAAGCUCCCAGUGAGGAUGCGUGUGUUUGACAGUGGUGUGAUGGUGGUGCAGCUGCAGUCUCACAGUGAAGAGGAAAUGAUAGCCUCAGCACUGGACAGUGUGACAGAUAAAGGUUCCUUGACCGCAGAGGAGUUUGCAAAGCUCUUGGGUCUUUCUGUUCUUCUGUCUAAAGAACGGUUGUUGCUGGCUGAGAAGAUGGGUCACCUGUGUCGAGACGACUCUGUGGAGGGUCUGAGAUUCUACCCAAACCUCUUUGAGUAGAGUGCCGGCUCUUCUUUGUGCUACACUGAGAUAAAAUACAUAUUCACUGUUGAUACUGCCUGGUGCUUUUAUGUCUUUUAUAAUAAUAAUAAUCUGCAAACACUACUUGUAGAAAAGUGUUCCCGGAUAAUCUCCACUUUACAUGACUUUAAUAAUGACCAGGAUUGGGAAAAUGUACUCAAAUGGAAAUACAGUGUCACUGUCACAUGCCCACACAUUUAAGUAGUUAGUGAAAGAUCCUACAAGACCUUUUUAAAAUCAAAUGUAAAGGAAAAGCUUUGCUCUUCUGUCUUAUAAAGAGGACACUUAUCAAGAUGCCCUUGUUUCAGUGAAUAUCCUCAACUCUCCUGACAUUUUUGUCUCAUAUACUUUAAAACACGAUUCUUGUCCUUUCUCCAGUCAAAGUUAAGCCUUUGCCAAGGAUCACGAUUUGACAGAAUAGAAACAAAAUGCCUGAUCCGCUGAGUUUAUUUAAAAGUAUAAUAUACAGAGGGCACUUUACCACAAUUCAUUCUUCACCUAAUUAAUCCCUUCAUUGUUGUGGAUUGUUGUUCCAGUUGUUACUGUUUUGAAUCCAGACUGAGAGGUGAGCACAGUCCGGCUGUACUUGUAAAUCUAUUCUAAUUCAUUAGAAGAACAAUGGAUAGAUACGCUUCUGUGUUACAGUGAAAUGGUUUCAGGAAUAAAAUAUAAAAGAAAAAG